AUGGAUAUUAAAGGAUUACAACCAAUUUCAUUUAGUUCAUUUGAAAAAUAUAGAGAGUUUUUAAGUAACCCUUCUACAUUAUAUUACCCAGGUAAAAUAUUAAAUGGGGAAUACAAUUUUCAAGGUCCAAAUGAAACUGUUUUGACUUUAUCAAAUCUUCCAAAUGAAAUUUUAUCACCAAAUAGAAUUUUCAAUUGGUUAUGUCAAUAUGGAAAUAUAACAUCUAUUAAAGUUGGAAAAGAACAAACUCUUGUAAAAUUUUGUGAUGGUUUUAAUGCAUAUGUGGCUCAUCAAUUUGCUAAUAAUACUUUUGCAUUUGGAAAAAAUAUUAAUAUUUAUUGGACAAAAUAUUUAAGUCUUGAAGGAAUUGAAUUUAAUUCUUUAAACAGAUUCAAAAGUCAAGAAAGAUUAAAAAAUUAUGGAGCAAGUUUAUUUAGACAAACUCAACAAAUUUAUAUAAGAAAUGUACCAAUUAAUUGCGAUGAAGCUACUUUAUACAAUAUAUUUAAACAAUUUACACCUUACACUCCAAUUAAUAUUCGUUUAGAACCUGAUGGAUUAAAUACAAAAUUAAAACAUGGUUUAAUUAAUUUUGUAGAUAUUAUAAGUUCAACAGACUUAGUUUUUAUUAUCAAUAAACAUUAUUUAAUUUUAUUUUUUAUUUAUUUAUUGACAUGUCAACAAAGUUUUUAUUUAGUUGAAAGAUUAAAUCAAGGAUUAGGUAAUUUUUGUAAUAAUAUUAUGGAUUCUACUACAAUGGUCCAACCUUUAACAACAGCAACUGCAUCAUCAACAACAGCAACAGCAACAGCAACAACGACAACAGCAAAUACAACAAAUAGUAGUGGAAUUAUUAAUAAAAAUUUUGGAGAAUCAUUAAGAUUAUCAAUGGAAGAAAUUCAAUUAAUUGUAUUAGAAACUCAAAAAUAUGCAAUUAAAUAUCAUUCAUUACUUUCACAACAAUUACAACAGUGUGAUGAUUUAAUUAAUAUUCAUCGUGGUAAAUUAGUAGAGGUUCAAGAUUUUUUAAAAAAAAUGAAAAAGAGAAUCGAACUAGUUUCACAUUAA